AUGGCCGCGUCAAAGGCAACAGCAACAACGAGAGUGAACGCCCGUCGGACUGCGAAGAGUCUGCAACAACGACGGUCUUCGACUCGGCCCUCAUCGACUAAACCUGAUGUCGUUAAAGCGUCAAAAUCUAGUUCGUCGAUCACCCAUUAUCCAUUUCCAGUGGACCAGGAAGCCGUUGCUCGCUCUCUCCGUCGUAUCUCCAGCCAUCCGUCUUUAACCCCAUACCGCCGACUGGUCUACCGCACCCUCUUAUCCGUUCCCGCAGGCCGUUGGACGACGUACUCCACUUUAUCCGCACACCUGUCGUCAUCAGCCCGCGCCAUCGGCAAUGCAAUGAAGACGAAUCCUUUUGCACCUGAGGUCCCGUGUCACCGCGUCCUUGCGACGGACCGCACCAUUGGCGGUUAUAAGGGGAAAUGGGGGAACGGGGAUCUCACCAUUCCGGCUCCCAAGCACUUGGAAGUUGUAAAAAGCUCCGCGUUCCUGGCAGUCAAGACUCUCGGCGGAGGGCUCGGCGCCGCCUGCCAAGCCGCUUCCGAGGAAAUUCAACACGGAAUGCUUCAUGACUCCUGA